AACGCGUCGCGUUCGACGCGCUUCACACUGAGCUAAAGCAAGACUUUGCGAGAGGCUCGGGUCUCAAGAUGGACAUCGAUAUGCCUUCUCAGCCUUCGAGCGAGCCCCGUGGCAUGCUGCCAUCCUCCUCGAUGAGCGGUCCGAACACGCCUCACGUCGGCGGACUGCAAAGCAGCGGUAUGCUGCCUACCAGCAGCGCAGGACCUCCCAAUGGCCGCACGCCUCAUUCCAUCCGUUCACGCGGUUCGACAGUCCUGCCCAGCCAAGCGAGCAGUGAACCUCUCUUCUUCCCAAUGUCUGAUGCAGGCUCUCCUGCUCCUCGACGCAAUAUCCGAGGCGACAUCCACUCUUCUAUGCCUCCGUCUACACCUGGCGCAGUCACGACCGGUACGCGGAACGUCGAGAUGCGCCCAGCGCCUCGUGCAACGCCCCAUUCUCGUCUGGCUAGCUCUGCACUGGGCGGCAUGUCAGAUACAGGAUCGGAUCGGUUGCUCGUGCCUACUGGAGCCGGUUCUCGUGCUGCUACUCACAACGGAUCGGAUGCCGAUCCUGAUGCUACCGGACCGCGUAAAGUCAUCUGGGGCACGAGUGUCGGGCUGGAUGAAGCCAUGACGGCCUUCAAGCUUUUCCUGAGCGAUUACAAGCCAAAGUAUCGCAUGCAAUGGGAUAGGGAGCAAGCACUCCUCAAUGGCGAGAUGGAGGACGAGGACAAGAUUGCUCAGCAACACGCAGCGUUGGACGGCGAGAAGCUACUCUAUGAGCACUAUAUGCGAACGAUGCGAUUGACGAGUCAGACGAAUCUCAACCUAGACAUGCUCAAUCUAGCUGCCUUUCCGCCUACUCGUAAGCUCGAGCGCUGGCUGCGAACGUAUCCGCAGGAAGUCGUCCCCAUGUGCGAUCAAGUCCUCAAAGAUGCAAUGAUCGACCUCGGCUGGGCUGAUCAGGCUUCGGGCGCAUACGGCCCAAUUACGGACGACGAGAUUUACGAAAUGAACUCCCGUAUCUAUAAGAUCCGACCCUUUGCUAGCACCGAGCAUGGCAGAGGAGAUCGCGAUCAAGCCAUGUCGACUGAUCGUCACAUCGGCGUCAACAUGCGCGACCUAGGUCCUGGCGACAUCGACAAGCUCGUCACGAUCAAGGGCCUCGUCAUCCGAGCUACUCCCAUCAUACCUGACAUGAAAUCAGCCUUUUUUCGCUGUCUCACCUGCAUGCACACCAUCACGGCUGAUAUCGAUAGAGGUCGCAUCGAAGAACCUGCUGCUUGCCCUCGCGAGACUUGCGGUCUCAAAGGCGGCAUGAGCCUUAUCCAUAACCGCUGCGAAUUCUCUGACCGUCAGGUCAUCCGUCUUCAGGAAACGCCAGACGCUGUACCCGAUGGUCAAACGCCUCAUACUGUCUCCCUUUGCGUGUACGACGAGCUCGUCGAUAUCGCUAAGCCGGGUGAUCGCGUCACAAUCACUGGCAUCUUCCGUUCUGUUGCCGUGCGAGUCAACCCUCGUCAACGCACGAUCAAGUCGCUUUUCAAGACGUACAUCGACGUCUUGCAUGUCAAGAAGACGGAUGCCAAACGACUUGGUCUCGAUACGUCUACUCGCGAAGGAGAAGGCCGGUUUGGCAGCCACGUUGGUGUCGGAGGGGAGGACGACUUUGAACGCGAACAAGAGCUCGGUCUACAAGAUGAGCUCGCCGAUGCGCCCGAUAAUGUCAGACAAAGCCGUGCACGUCAUCAGGAGGAACUCGUCGCACUCUCUCGUCGCCCAGACAUCUACGAGUUCCUGUCGCGUUCGCUGGCUCCUUCGAUCUGGGAGAUGGACGAUAUCAAGAAGGGUAUCUUGCUCCAGCUCUUUGGAGGCACAAACAAGUCGAUCAGUCGCGGCGGAGGCAGCGGUGGCCCUCGCUAUCGUGGCGACAUCAACGUCCUGUUGGUCGGUGAUCCCGGUACAUCCAAGUCGCAAAUCCUGCAAUACGUCCACAAGAUUGCUCCACGUGGCAUCUAUACGUCUGGUAAAGGAUCGUCAGCCGUCGGCCUGACAGCCUAUGUCACUCGCGAUCCGGAUUCGAAGCAGCUCGUCCUCGAAUCUGGCGCACUGGUGCUGUCCGACGGUGGUGUGUGCUGUAUUGACGAAUUUGACAAGAUGUCAGACGCGACACGAAGCGUGCUACACGAAGUGAUGGAGCAGCAGACAGUCUCGAUUGCAAAAGCGGGCAUCAUCACGACGCUCAAUGCCCGCAGCUCUAUACUUGCAGCAGCCAAUCCAGUCGGUUCGAAAUACAAUCUGCACUGGCCUAUCACGAAGAACAUCGAUCUGCCGCCUACGCUCAUCUCUCGCUUCGAUCUGCUCUAUCUCGUGCUGGACAGAGUCGACGAGACACAUGAUCGUCGUCUGGCCAAGCAUCUCGUCAGCCUCUAUCUUGAGGACAGGCCCGAGACGGGUGGAAGCGACAUCAUGCCUGUCGAACAGCUCACUACCUAUGUAUCGUUUGCUCGCAACCACAUCCAUCCUCGCUUGACUCAGGAAGCGUCAGACUUGCUCGUCAAGAACUACGUCGCCAUGCGCAAGGCAGGCAUCGAUCCUCGUUCAUCCGAUCGGCGCAUUACCGCCACCACGAGACAGCUCGAGAGCGGUAUCAGAUUGAGCGAGGCGCACGCACGGAUGCGAUUCUCGGACACGGUGGAUGCUGAGGACGUAGAGGAAGCCUUCCGCUUGAUUCGGGAGGCGCUCAAGGAGUCAGCAACGGAUCCCAUCACAGGCUUGCUCGAUCUCGACAUGCUCAACACGGGCCACGGCAUGGCCGCAACUAAGCUGCGCAACGAUCUCAAAGCGGCUAUACUUGUCCUUCUCGAAUCUGGCGACAUCGACAGAGGCAUGCGCUGGGGCGAUCUUGCAAAAGCCAUCAAUGACCAGAGCAGCGUGGCUGUCGAGCCCACGGAGCUCACGGAUAUUGUCAAAUCGCUCGAGACCGAAGGCAGCGUGCGUGUGACUGGCGACCGAGAUCGCCGUACUGUCAGACGCAUCUUCACAGGCUAG